AUGUUGCUAACCUGGCGUCGCAGCGAUGAUGAAGAGGAAAACCCGCCCCAACAGCAAUGCGAAAAGAUUUCCCGAAAGUGGCAGAGGUCUGUUGAACACUAUUCGCUUCAAUCAUUGCUUUGCAGGAUUAAUGGAUUUAAUAGGCCACUUGUAUACCCGCGUUUCGGCAAGAAGAAGGCUGAAGUUGACGGUCAAGAUCUUGAACGACUGCGAGAUAACGAAUUCUUGAACGACAACCUGAUCGGCUUCUACAUACGCUUUUUGGAGGAUCAUCUGGAACGAAAUAAUAAGGAAGUCUCACAAAGAGUCUACUUCUUCAAUUCAUACUUUUUUGCAACACUUACGAACUUGCCUAGAGGUAAGCAAGGCAUCAAUUACCAAGGCGUUCAAAAAUGGACGAGGAAUGUCGACAUAUUCAGUUACGAUUAUAUCGUGGUUCCUAUCAAUGAAGCCGCGCAUUGGUAUGUUGCGAUUAUAUGCAAUCUACCGAAACUUCCGGGCAUUAUGAAGGAAGAAGAGGUGAUUGAUCAACAUGCGGAAGAAGACGCGGAGCCUUCAGCGCUACCAAAGCGUGACGAUGCGGAGAAUCCAAACACACCGCAGACCGUCGGGAUCAUGUCUUCCGACAGCGGAGAAGCCGAAACUGGCGCUCGCUCUGCACCAAAUCCGGAAAAGGAGGAAUUGGCAAGGGAGUCGUUGGCUGCCAUGAGCUUGUUGGAUCGAAAGGAGAUGAAAGAGAGGGGGGAGCUCGAAGUACCUCCUUCUGACGAAGAGUGGCCAGAAAAAGAGGAGAACCCCGUAUCCUCCCCCGCAAAGCUCUCGAGUCCUCCAAGAGAUACGGAGCCCUCCAAGCAGGUCAAUUCUCAAGAUGCCCGCCAAUCGUCGGCCUCAGGAAGUCAAAAGUCACGGAAGCCAAAGAAAAAACGACAGGGUCCAAGAUAUGAAGUAUGGCAGCCAACGGUCAUCACGUUUGACUCACUAGACCUGUCACGCUCUCCCACCAUCAGCGUCCUGCGCAACUAUCUCCGUGAAGAGGCUCAAUCUAAACGUGGGGUCGAGAUUGACACAACCCUGAUCAAGGGCAUGAAAGCUCAAGAAAUUCCAUUGCAGCCCAACUACUCGGAUUGUGGCCUCUAUCUGCUCGCAUAUGUGGAGAAAUUCGUACAGGAUCCGGACACAUUUGUAACGAAAUUGCUCCGAAGAGAUAUGAGGGUGGAGGACGAUUGGCCUCUUCUAAGGUCAGGGCUUCUUCGUUCUCGAUUGCGGAAGUUUCUUGACGAAUUGUAUGAUGAACAAGAACAACUGAGUCGCGAGAAGGCGGCUGAAAGGGCUACCAUGGUGGACCGACAGCCAAUAUCUUAUCUCCUUGGACUUGGAGGAAAGACUGAUCUUGCAGCUGAGAAUAUGGAGGAUGCAUCAGCAACGCGAUCUGAGAAGUUGCCAAGCAGAAAUCCGCCCCUCGAGGUGUCUGGUUUAGAGCUUGCUCAGAAGGCAAAACUAGGUGAGUCGCGGUCCGUGACUAGGAGCUCGUCCAGAGAUGGUACGCCAGAUAGUACGGCGCAAGCGAAAAUGUCAACGCCUCAAACGUUGGCAGCAAGUGCAUCAGGGAGCACUACUCGCAAGGAGGUUGUCGAGGUCCCCGACAGUCAAGAACAAGUGCAAUUGGAGAAUGUCACAUCGCAUUGUCUCCUUCACGUCGGAGACUCUCAAGGCAGGCAAGCGCGAUUUCGGCCUCAGGGUCCAAACCCUGUCGAAGAAGACACAGAGCGAACACAGAUACCUCAUCAAUCAGCGAAUGGCAGCAUUGUUGAGGUUCAAGUCCUUGGGACUCCUCCGCCGGGGUUGUCAACAGCCGAGCCGGAUGGUGUUCGACAGAGCCCGAGGUCGCUCAAGAAAAGGGUUUGA